GCUGCGGCGACGUUGCCCUUUUAAGAACCAGCCUCCUUUAACUCUCUCGUACCGGGGCGUCCCGGCGGGGCUUGCGGCGCCCUGCAGAAGCCCGCCUCCCUGCGCGGCACUUCCGGACCCCGGCGUCGCCCUUUUAAGAGGCAGCCCCCAGCAGCGCUCUCCCCCGCCCCCUGUUGCCCGCGCGCGAGGCGGGGGAGCCCGGCUGGAGCGGAGCGCGCUGUCCGCGCGGCCACUGGAGACUGAGCGGCCGGCGGCCGGGCAGGCGGCGGCGGCGGCGGAUGGGGACGCGGAGCCGGGCGGCUGUGGCGGCUGUGGCUGUGGCGGCGGCGGGGAAGCAGCUGACGGGCCGACGACGGCGGCGGCGCUGGCGGCGGUGACUGGUCCAGGCCCCGGUGGCGGCUGCAGCGACACGGUGGCGGGCUGCGGGCGGGCGUCGUGAGGAGCGGCGGCGGAGCGUGGAGCAGCCAGGAACCGAGGGCGCCGGGCCGCCCCUUGUCUAGUCCUCGCAGGCCGCCAGGCCCCCUCCAGCCGGGGCCGUGGAGCACCGGGGCAAAGGCCGGGGCCCCCCCAUGAAGGAGCGCGACGCGGCCCCGGCGGAGCGGGGCAAGCCGGCCACCUACACCGGGGACAAGAAGGCGAAGAUGGCGGCCAAGACCAACAAGAAGUGGGUCCGGCUCGCCACCGUGUUCGCCUACGUGCUCUCUGUGUCUCUGGCCGCCAUCGUGCUCGCCGUCUACUACAGCCUCAUCUGGCAGCCGGUGGGCGCCGGGACCUCGGGGGGAGCCGUUGGCCCGCCCCCAGGCGGCUCCAACACCACCGGCCCGUCUGGGACUUCGGCGGCGGCGGCGGCAGUGGGGCCAAACACCACGGGAUCGUCCAGCCGUGAGGCACCGCGCGACGCGCCCCCGCUGCAGGCGGCACGGCCCACGCCUCCUGAGCCCUCUGCCGACAGCCCCUUGGCCCGGCCGCUGGAGCGGCCGCGGGGGCCGGAGGAGGACGAGGAGGAAGCGGCGGCGGCGCCCGGGAGCCGCUGAACCCCUCCGCACCAGGGGCGGUGGGGAACCAUCCUCCCCAAGCCUGCAGGCUGGAUUGUGCAGCAGGACGGGGCGGAGAGCCCGCUGGAGUGACCCUCACGGGAGCGAACGCCCCUCCUCCCAGGACGAUCGCGGGCUUGUAGGGGCGAGUGGCCUACAGCUGGAUCUUCAGCCAGGGGACCGCGAUUCGUCCGGGACUCGCAGUUUGGUCUUCCCAGGCCCGUGCAGCAGCGCUGGUGCCCUGAGCCGUAGGGCGUUGGGCGUUGGGGGAAGGGGUAGGGAGAUCCCAGCCCGGAACACUUCUGCGCCGCUCACACUUGUGUAUCCUACGUGCGGGGGUCACUCGGGUUUUCCCCACAAGACUCAGGGGAAAGAGGGAGUUGUGGGGGCUCUUAAAUAAGCUGAAGCUCUCGGAAGGAGGAGGGCACCAAAAGUAGUGGAGCUCAGGUACGUCAACCUAGUUGCAGUGGCCACAAAUGCAUUUAAUUUAUAGAUCCCUGUAUAUAGUUGUUGACAUGUGCACUAGAAGCAGUAAUUACAUAGAACUAUAUGAGUAUAUAUCUAUCCUCCCACAUUCUGGAUAGCUACUGACUGUUGGGGCCAGGCAAGGGCUAUUUGCUAAGCCCCAAGUGCAGCUAGCCAGAGGGCACAGACACUUUUUUCCAUCACCCACUCUUUCCCCUGCUCCCGCUCCUAUUGCAGAAAAAAAGGUUUAUGACACAAGAGUAUAAUCAUUCUUAGACUUGUUGAAAGGAUAGUGGGAAACCUUAAGAGGAGUAGAAGCUGUGUAGGGAGGGUGGGGAGUGCACUGUUCUCUUUCCCACCCUAGUGCCCUCACUUAAGAGGUUUCCUGUUGCACCCUAAGUAUUUGGACAUGGGCCAGGGAAAAGGAAGGGAAUGAGCAGUGCCUCUGUGCUUCCAUCCUUGGCCUUCUCAUAGUUUUUUAGGAACAGCAAACUUUGUAAGUAGGUUGAGUCACAAGUGUUUUAUCUUUUUUCCCUUAAAAACUUGUCUUGUUCCAGUAAGCAUCCCUAGCCUUCCCUCUUCUAUGAGCUUGUAGAGACAGAGUAGCUCUGUGAUUAGGAUGAAAUCUGUUGUGAGCAGAGCUUUGCACGCGUCCUCCCAUUUAAAAGAUGGGCUUCAAACUCAGGAUUGUGCUCCGAGAGCCAGUUAUUAGACCAGUAGUGGGAAAGUUAAAUUGGCUUGUCUUUACCUCUCCUGAUAAACUUAUAUGCAGCCUGUACUUUUACUGAAAUGAGAAACAUCAAGGGAAAUGACAUUUGUUUAGCUCUGGGGCAGCAAGAGUGAUACAUCCUCAAUUUCAGAUUCCAUUUCCUUCUGCCACUUGCUUUUAGGCAAUUGAGUGUGAGUAGUGACGAGAUAUCAAACCCCUUAGUGUUUCCUUUUUGGGAAAUGAGGCACUUUUUUAAAACAAGACAAAAAUUUAGCCACCUGAGUCUGGAAGCAGUUUUUCUCUCCAGUUUUCUGGCCUACACUCCAGUUAGCUCUGAUCCAAGUUCACAAGAUGAACAGCCUUGCUUUAAGCCUUGUCCUGUAGGAGGCGAGAUAACAGCAGCUGCGCUGUCAUAGCCUAGGGGCAGGCUGGUAGCACCCCAAGGGUGUCUUGGCUGGAGCAGAUUUCUGAGCAGCUGACUUGACUUUGGUCAUUAGAAAGCCUCUGAGGCCUUUUAAAAUUUUUGGUGGGAGCCUAGGGGAAGAAACAUAAAAAUGCCACUUUAUAACUUCAAUAAUAGCCUGUAAUUUAUAUUUAUUGUGUGAAUUUUUAGUCCUAUAUUUUAAUAAUUUAUAAAUUGAUCUCUUAUUCCAAGAAUUCUUUGAACUUGCAGGAGAACAUCUGAGAGUCCAAUCCCCUGUCCCCAUCCCGACCCCUGCAUUUUGGACUGCUUAAUCCACUCUGGGAUGGAUCAAAGAGUCUAAAGAGACCGCUCACAGGUCCAGCUGCUGGCCUCCUGACUCUCUAAAGCCUUCACUGGAAUCGGGACAUUAGUUCCAGCUCUAGCUGUGAACAUGACCAGAGACAUUAUUUAUAAUGCAGCCAUUUAAGAUAUACCUGUACUCAAAAAGUCUUGUAUAUUUUUUAAAAGUUUUAUUUUUCAGGUGAACAAAAAUACAUUCUAAAAACUCCA